UCUUGUCCUGCUAGUAGUGUAGUGUACACUUAGCAGUUCUUGUCUGAGCUCAUUUUUUCUUGUUAAGCUAUGGCAAAACCUGUUCAAAUUGAAGUUUGGAACCCUAAUGGGAAAUACAGAGUCGUUAGCACUAAGCCUAUGCCGGGAACUCGCUGGAUCAAUCUCUUGAUCGAGCAAGGUUGCAGAGUCGAGAUAUGCACUGAGAAGAAAACUAUACUAUCUGUUGAAGAUAUUAUUGCUUUGAUUGGUGAUAAGUGUGAUGGAGUCAUUGGUCAGUUGACGGAAGAUUGGGGAGAGACUUUAUUUUCAGCUUUGAGCAAAGCUGGAGGGAAAGCUUUCAGUAACAUGGCAGUUGGUUAUAACAAUGUUGAUGUUAAUGCUGCUAAUAAGUAUGGUGUUGCUGUUGGAAACACUCCUGGAGUUCUUACAGAGACAACUGCUGAGUUGGCUGCUUCGCUUUCUUUAGCAGCAGCGAGAAGAAUAGUUGAAGCUGAUGAGUUCAUGAGGGCGGGCCUGUAUGAUGGAUGGCUUCCUAAUCUAUAUGUGGGGAACUUGCUCAAAGGACAGACUGUAGGUGUCAUUGGCGCUGGUCGUAUUGGAUCUGCUUAUGCUAGAAUGAUGAUUGAAGGGUUCAAAAUGAAUCUAAUUUACUUCGAUCUUUACCAGGCCACACGCUUAGAGAAGUUUGUUACAGCAUAUGGUGCAUUCUUAAAAGCCAAUGGAGAGCAACCCGUUACGUGGAGAAGAGCCUCUAGCAUGGAUGAGGUGCUUCGCGAGGCGGAUGUGAUAAGUCUUCACCCAAUCUUAGAUAAGACAACAUAUCAUUUGAUCAACAAAGAAAGGCUUGCAACAAUGAAGAAGGAUGCAAUUCUAGUUAACUGUAGUAGAGGUCCAGUGGUCGAUGAAGUUGCACUUGUGGAGCAUUUGAAACAAAAUCCUAUGUUUCGAGUCGGUCUCGAUGUCUUUGAGGAUGAACCUUACAUGAAGCCUGGGCUUGCCGAUAUGAAGAAUGCCAUUGUAGUACCUCAUAUUGCUUCUGCUUCCAAGUGGACUCGUGAAGGAAUGGCAACUCUAGCUGCCCUAAAUGUGCUGGGAAAGAUUAAAGGAUACCCAAUGUGGGGCAACCCAAAUCAGGUAGAACCAUUCCUGGAUGAAAACGUUCCGCCACCGGCUGCAGCUCCGAGUAUUGUCAAUGCAAAGGCCUUGGGUUUACCUGUGUCAAAACUAUGAAGCUUGAAAGGAUGAUCAGUGGUUCAUAUUCAAUCCAAAUGAGUAUUGGUGUGUGGGCUUAAGCUAGAUUUCAUUUCUCUUCAGGAGUAUAAACUGUCAUGUAAAAAUAAAUUACUAUGAAAGUAAUAUAAGCAUCAAUGUUAUGUUUUUUUUUUCUC